AUGUUGCCUACUCAAGAAUCCUUAAAGAAGAACUUUGUCGUCCCUUCUCCUAUUGAAGCCAGUGCUCCUCCCACCGGUGCUAACCUCUAUGCCCGUUUCGCCCUUGCUGGUGCUCUCUGUUGUGGUAUCACUCACGGUGCUAUGAUAGAUGAGCUAAUCUUUCUUUAUUUUCAUACAUUCAAUAGGACUCCCGUUGAUGUUGUGAAGACCAGAAUCCAAUUAUCUCCUGAAAUCUAUAACAAGGGUAUGAUUGCUGGUUUCCGUCAAGUUGUUCAAGCCGAAGGUGCUGGUGCUUUGCUUACCGGUUUCGGCCCUACCGCCGCUGGUUACUUCCUCCAAGGUGCUUUCAAAUUCGGUGGUUACGAAUUCUGGAAGAAGACCUUCAUUGAUUUGAUCGGUGUUGAAAAGGCCCGUGAAAACCGUACUGCCAUCUACUUGGGUGCUUCUGCUAUUGCUGAGUUCUUCGCUGAUGUUGCCCUCUGUCCUCUUGAAGCCACUCGUAUUCGUUUGGUCUCUCAACCCACUUUCGCUUCUGGUCUCUUGAGUGGUUUCUCCAAAAUCUUAAAGGAAGAAGGUGCCAUCAAGGGUUUCUACUCUGGCUUCGGUCCUAUCUUGUUUAAGCAAGUUCCCUACACUAUGGCCAAGUUCGUUGUCUAUGAACGUACCACUGAAUUAAUCUUGAAGAGCUUGAAGACUCCUAAAGAAGAUAUUACUCCCUCCACAAUGACCGUUGUCAACCUCUCCUCUGGUAUUGUUGCUGGUACCGUUGCUGCUAUUGUUUCUCAGCCUGCUGAUACCUUAUUAUCCAAGAUUAACAAGCAAAAGGGUGCUGAAGGUGAAUCCCUCACUUCUCGUCUUCUUUCCAUGUCCCGUCAAUUGGGUGUCAAGGGUCUCUUCUUGGGUCUCGGUCCACGUAUUGUCAUGGUUGCUACCCUCACUGCUGGUCAAUUCGCUAUCUAUGGUGAUAUUAAGCGUGUCUUGGGUGCUACUGGUGGCGUUGAAAUCGCUAAAUAA